AUUGAACCUUUGUGCUUUCGUUUUUCCUGAUUUUGAUUUUUCUUAUGGGGAUCCACUUUUCCUGCAUUCGAGGUGACUCGAAGAAGCCUUCCAAAAAGCAUGUGAAAAGGGAGCCCUACUCUACUACCAAGGUGACUUCAUUGAGCCCAAUCAAUGAAAUUUUGAGAAGAUACAGCCUGUACGCCAACCAGCAUCGGAGGCAUCAUGACUUCUGGAGAAAGAAGAAGAUACAGCCACAAGAAGCCUCUGAGGAGUCUCUAGUUCACAAGAACAGAGGAGGUGGAGAGAGGCCGGUCGACGCGAGGGUGGUGCGGGUGGCCCCUCUGAGGCUUGGUUUUGCUCCUUGUGGGUACGCUGUACAAGACAUCUCUAAAGAAGACACUGUAUAUGACAUCUGUAAUGAGGAUGCUAUAGACAUCUCUGAUGAGGACACUGUAUAUGACAUCUGUAAUGAGGAUGCUAUAGACAUCUCUGAUGAGGACUCUGUAGAUAUCUCUAAUGAGGCUUCUGUACAUGACAUCUUUAAUGAGGCUGCUGUAUGUGACAUCUCUAACGAUGCUGUAAACAUCUCUAAUGAGGCUGCUGUAUGUGACAUCUCUAAUGACGCUGUAGACAUCUGUAAUGAGGCUGCUGUACAUGACAUCUCUAAUGAGGACACUAUAGAAGACAUUUCUUAUGAGGACACUGUAUACGACAUCACUAAUGAGGAUGCUGUACGAUACAUCUGUAAAAAAGAAGAUGCUACCAAGGAGCCAUUGACACUGGAGAAUGAUUUGAUUGUGGAGAGCAUAUCUGAUGACGAGGAUUUUGCAGUUCCCUGUGAGGACGCUGUACAUGACAUCGCUAACGAGGACGCUGUACAUGACAUCGCUAAGGAGGACGCUGUACAUGACGUCGCUAAUGAGGAUGCUGUAUAGGACAUCGCUAAUGAGGACGCUAUAUGUGACAUCGCUAAUGAGCUGUACAAAACAUCUGUAAUGAGGAUGCUGUACAUAACAUCGCUAAUGAGGACACUGUACAUGACAUCGCUAACGAGGACGCUGUAUACGACAUCACUAAUGAGGACGCGCUGUAUACAAGAUCACUAAUGAGGACGCUGUAUACGAGAUCACUAAUGAGGACGCGCCGUAUACAAGAUCACUAAUGAGGAGGCUGUACGCAACAUCGCUAAUGAGGACACUGUACAUGACAUCUCUAUUGACGCUGUAUAGGAGAUCGCUAAUGAGGACGCUGUGUACAACACUGCUAAUGAGGACGCUGUACACGACAUCUCUAUUGAGGACGCUGUAUAUGACAUCGCUAGUGAGGACGCUGUGUACGACAUCGCUAAUGAGGACGCUAUACGUGACAUCGCUAAUGAGGACGCUGUAUAUGACAUCACUAAUGAGGACGCUCUAUACGAGAUCACUAUUGAGGACGCUGUAUACGACAUCAGUAAUGACGCUGUAUACGAGAUCACUAAUGAGGACGCUGUUUUCGGAUCUCUAAUGAGGACGCGCUGUAUACAAGAUCACUAAUGAGGACGCUGUACGCAACAUCGCUAAAGAGGACACUGUACACGACAUCUCCAUUGAGGACGCUGUGUAUGAGAUCGUUAAUGAGGACACUGUACACGACAUUGCUAAUGAGGAUGCUGUAUACGACAUCGCUAAUCAGGAUACUGUACAAGACCUCUUUGAAAAAGAAGAGGCUGCCAAGGAGCCAUUGACACUGGAGAAUGAUUUGAUUGUGGAGAGCAUAUCUGAUGACGAGGAUUUUGCAGCUUAAAGGGAGCUCCCGGGGUGAGUGACGGAGGCGGGAUCGGACCCUGGCAGUUUGACGGCAACACCUGUGUUCCUCUGCACUGAGCCAUGGAUGGCAUUACACACCUUGUCCUCAGGGGGAAUGCUUUCAACUCUCUCCCAUUCAGGAUAAUGUUGGCUGUGGGUUUGUCACAGAUGGCUUUUAUUACCUUAAGCUCACUCGCUGGACAGGAUAGACUGGGCGCCCAGGCCUCAAGAUAACCCUGAGAAAUAUAUUGACUGUCUCCACAGGGCUUAUGAUUUCUUCUCGGGUUUGAAAAAUGCCCCCAUAUGAGGAAGACGGGGCUGCCACAUUGACGGAGCAGCUGCGGGACACACCCAAGAAACCUCCUGGAGAACACAGGGGACAUUCACGGCUGGAGGCUUCAUCUAUGGCCGGGGUUUUCAUCCAUGAGCUGGGGACUUCAUCCAUGGGCUGAGGACUUCAUCCAUGACUGGAGACUUCAUCCGUGACUGCGGGCUUCAUCCAUGGGCUGGGGGCUUCAUCCAUGGGCUGGGGCCUUCAUCCAUGACUGGGGGCUUCAUCCACGGGCUGGGGGCUUCAUCCACGGGCUGGGGCUUCAUCCAUGACUGGGGACUUCAUCCACGACUGGAGACUUCAUCCAUAGGCUGGGGGCUUCUUCUACAGCUGGAGACUUCAUCCACAGCAGGGGCUUCAUCCUUGGCUGGUUUGCCCGAUCUGUAUCUGAGCCACAGAUACAGAUUAUUAAACAGAUAAUAAUUUUUUGACUUCCACUUUUAUCAUUUUUGUUUUUUACCGUUUUUGUUUCAAAAGUUGUUUGUUGAUAAUUUAAUGAAACAACUAUACCAGAAUUAUCCCCUUUUAAUUAUUUCCUUGUGUCAAUAUAGAAAGAGUGAAUUUAAGGAAACACUGAGAUGCCCCUGUCCAUGUUUGUGAAUGGGAGUGUUGGAUCUAAAGCCUUUCUCUGGUAGGUCUCCAGAAGAUUGCCCUGCCUUACGCUUGCCGUCUGUGGGUUCCAGAGGCUUCCAUUUGAAAGGAGCCUCUCUCCCCACUCUGCCUCAACCCACACCAGCUCUCCCGUAACCCACUGACUUUGUAAAUGCUUUCUUCCACCUGGACCUCAUUGAAUUCAAGACUUUGGAAAAUAGUCAAAAAUUCUAAAAAGGUGGGAGUGGGUGUGAUCUGGAAAUCCCUGCUGUAAUAUUUUUAAUGGAAUCUACUGGAAACUAUUAGUUUAUGUUUUAAAUAAAACCAUCCCUUAGCACUAGAAUAUCAAGCCAUUCAUUUUUUAGCAGAACUUUGAGAUAUAAUUUAAAUACCAUAAAUUUCACCCACACA